CACUUUCCCAUUAUUCGGGUAUAAGCUGCCACUUGGGGGACGUUGCCAAACCCGUCCAGCCCCUAAAAUAAGAGCGUACCCUCACUCAAGAUGGCGCCUAGAAGGCUUCAGACCUGGUACAGUGCAGAUUGGAGGAGAGGCGGAGGACUUCCGGGAGCUUCCAAGCCUACUGUGGGACAGCUGAGGGGAGUUUUGCACGUGUAUCGUGGUUUGGCAGGACUAGAUGGAGACAGCCCCCAAACCCAGGAGGGACGUCUUGCCCAAGAAGGACAAACUUCAGGCCAAGAGGAAGAAACCGCGGCGAUACUGGGAGGAAGAGACCGCUUCAGAUACAGCCCGAGCCUCUUCAGGGCCCCCUUGUAACAAGAAGAGGAAGCAGGAGUUCCGACCCCAGAGGUCAAAGACCGCUCACAUCUUAAAGAGGUCUCGGAUCUCUAAGAAGCCCCAAGUACCGAAGAAACACAGGGAACGGAGGAAUCCAGAGGCCCAGCGGAGCUUGUCUAGGGUCCAGGACCCAUUCCCAGGCCCCGUUCCCAUCUCAGUGGAGGUGGUACAGAAGUUCCGUCGCAUAGACAAAUCCAAAAAGCUACCACAAUCGAAAUCCAAAACUCGGAGCAGACUUGAGGUGGCUGAAGCUGAAGAAGAGGAAACAAGUACCAAAGCUGCUCGUUCUGAGCUGCUUCUUUCCGAAGAGCCUGGGUUUUUAGAGGGAGAGGAUGGGGAAAACACAGCGAAGAUACUCCAGUCUGACAUCGUGGAGGCUGUGGACAUUGCAAGUGCAGCCAAGCAUUUUGACUUGAAUCUGCGGCAGUUUGGACCUUAUAGACUGAACUACUCUCGAACUGGGAGACACCUAGCUUUUGGAGGGCGUCGGGGUCAUGUGGCUGCCCUUGACUGGGUGACAAAGAGGCUUAUGUGUGAGAUCAAUGUCAUGGAGGCAGUGCGGGACAUCCGAUUCCUCCAUUCUGAGGCUCUGAUUGCUGUUGCCCAGAAUCGCUGGCUUCACAUCUAUGACAACCAGGGCAUCGAACUCCACUGCAUCCGCCGUUGUGACCAAGUAACUCGGCUUGAGUUCCUGCCUUUCCACUUCCUCCUGGCCACAGCUUCAGAGACAGGGUUUUUGACCUACCUGGAUGUGUCGGUGGGGAAGAUUGUGUCAGCUCUGAACGCUCGGGCUGGACGUCUUGAUGUCAUGACUCAGAAUCCUUACAAUGCUGUCAUCCAUCUUGGACACAGUAAUGGUACUGUGUCUUUGUGGAGUCCAGCCAUGAAGGAACCACUGGCAAAGAUUCUCUGUCACCGUGGUGGGGUAUGGGCUUUGGCAGUGGAUUCUACAGGCACGUACCUGGCCACCUCUGGCCUGGACCAUCAGAUGAAGAUCUUUGACUUGCGAGGGACAUUCCAGCCUCUGAGUGCUCGGACCCUGCCCCAGGGAGCAGGGCACCUGGCCUUCUCCCAGCGGGGACUGCUGGUUGCAGGAAUGGGUGAUGUUGUCAACAUCUGGGCCGGGCAGGGCCAGGCCAGCCCACCCUCCCUUGAGCAGCCCUACCUAACCCACCGGGUCUCAGGCCCUGUGCACGGACUUCAGUUCUGCCCUUUUGAAGAUGUGCUAGGGGUGGGCCACAGUGGAGGCAUCACCAGCAUGCUGGUCCCUGGGGCUGCUGAGCCCAACUUUGAUGGUCUGGAGAGUAACCCGUACAGGAGUCGGAAACAGCGCCAGGAAUGGGAGGUGAAGGCCCUGCUGGAGAAGGUACCUGCAGAGCUUAUUUGUCUGGACCCACGAGCCCUGGCAGAGGUGGAUGUCAUCUCUUUGGAACAGGCAAAGAAGGAGCGGAUAGAGAGGCUGGGCUAUGACCCCGAAGCUAAGGCUCCCUUCCAGCCAAAGCCAAAGCAGAAGGGCCGCAGCUCCACAGCAAGCCUUGUGAAAAGGAAGAAGAAGGUCAUGGAUGAGGAGCAUAGGGACAAGGUCCAGCAGAACCUCAAGCAGCAGCAGCACAAGCAAAAGAAGGCCAAGCCAUUGGGGGCACGGCCAUCUGCCCUGGAUAGAUUUGUGCACUGAACCAUUUUCCAUGGUGGCCUGGGAACAAUCUCUCCCCAAUGUCAUCUACAGGGAAAUGAAUGUUCCCUGGAACUAAGAGGGAGUUAUGUGCUCCCUUCCCCAUUUGGAGGUGGACAUCUGGCUCUUGGGGUGGAUUAGUAAUAAAGAGGAAAGUGAUUUUUU